AUGUGUUUGUUUCCUUUUGCAGCAGCAGCAGUAACAGCAGCAGCAGCCGCAGCAACAGCACCAGCAACAGCAGCAGCACAACCACCACUACCAGCAGCAGCAGCAGCAGCACCAGCAACAGCAGCAACAAGAGCAGCACCACCACCACCAGCAGCAGCACCACCACCAGCAGCAACAGCAGCAGCACCACCAGCAUCAGCACCACCAGCAGCACCACCACCACCAGCAGCACCAGCACCACCACCACCACCAGCAUCAGCAGCACCACCACCGCCAGCACCACCAGCAGCAGCAAAAGCAGCACCAGCAGCAGCAGCAGCAACAGCAGCAACAGCAGCAACAGCAGCAACAGCAGCAGCAGCAGCAGCAAGCUUACAUGCUAUUGCUCAGCAGCAGCAACAGCAGCAGCAGCAGCAGCAGCAGCAGCAGCAGCAGCAGCAGCAGAAGGAACUGCAGCAGGAGCUGCAGAAAGAACGGGAGUUCAGCAGCAAGGGGGAGGAGAGAAGGAAGGUAGAGAUGCAGCAGCAGCAGCAGCAGCAGCAGCAGGGGGAGCUAGAGCAGGUGCAGCAGCAGCAGCAGCAGCUGCAGCAGCAGCAGCAGCUGCAGCAGCAGCAGCAGCUGCAGCAGCAGCUGCAGCAGCUGCAGCAGCAGAUGUCUCAGGGGGCCCCCGGAAGCCCCAAGGCUCUCGGGGGGCCCUUACGAGCUGAUCGAGUGACCCUGAACAACCACCGCAUGCAGCAGCAGCAGCAGCAGCAGCAGCAGCAGCAGCAGCAGGACAGCAGCAGCAGCAGCAGCAGCAGCAGCUGCAGCACCAAUGGGUAG